UGGCGGCGGGAGCUCUUUUUCCAAGCGAGGCCGGCGGCGACGCUCCCUGCGGGUGCCGGGAGAGGAGGAGGAGGGAGAGGGGGACCGCGCCGCUGCUGAUGCUGUGCGGGACCGCUGUGGUCGCCUGGGCGUCUGUGGCCACGGCCUCGGAGCCGGGGGAGAACCGAGUGAGGGAGCUGAGCGGUUCCAACUGGAGCCUCCUGCUGCAGGGCCAGUGGAUGGUGGAAUUCUAUGCCCCUUGGUGUCCAGCCUGUCAGCAGAUGGAAUCAGCAUGGGAAGCUUUUGCAAGAAGCAGCAAAGACCUUGAACUCAGUGUUGGCAAAGUAGAUGUCACUCAAGAACCAGGCGUAAGUGGCCGUUUCUUUGUUACCACACUUCCCACUAUUUACCAUGCAAAGGAUGGAGUUUUCCGCAGAUACCGUGGCUCAAGGUCACUGGAGGAUCUACAGGGCUAUAUCCUGGAGAGAAAGUGGGAAUCUGUAGAACCUGUGGCAGAAUGGAAGUCUCCAUCAUCUAUACUGAUGCAUGGAAUGGCAGGACUUUUCCAUCUCUCUGGAUGGAUUAGGCAAAUCCACAACUACUUAACAGGUACUCUUGAACUUCCUCUUUGGGGUUCUUAUGCAGUCUUCAUAUUGGCUACUCUACUGAUUGGUCUUAUAUUGGGCUUGAUUCUGGUUUUGCUUGCAGACUGCUUUUGUCCACCCAAAUCCAGAGAAGAAGGUUCUGAUUUAGUGGACCCUAGUGAUGAUAAAACAGAAGAGCUACAAGAGACACUGAAACCUACUUCAAAAGAGACACAUACAGAAAGUGGUCUGUCUGACAGAGAAGAUGAAGAAGGUGACGAAGAUGAGUCCCAGGAAAAUUCCUCUGAGGACUCUGCUGUUGAAGGAUCUCAAACAGAAGAUGAUGUGGAGCAGGAUGAAUCUGGCAAAGUAGAGGAGACCUCUGUAAGGCAGCGUAAAAACCAGGUGGAGGCAACUCAGCUAUAGUAUAGUUAGUAACACAGAUACUUAAUCUGGACCAAAGAUGCAUCCAGGGCUUUCCUUGGUUGCAGCUGGAGCCAAACGCCCUGCUAUAGAUCAUUAGAGCUCAUGCUUUGUGCCAGAAGAUGUAACUGUUUUUGUUUUUAGGGCCAGUAUUUUCUAAAGUUCAUUCUACAGGAUAACAUUUUAAUGUUAAAGUUAUAGCCAUGACAAUCAAACAUAACAAGAUUUAUUUUAUGCUGGAUUAGGGAUGGGGGCUAACGAGAGUCUUUAUCUUUAAGUCAGACUAAUUAGCAAGACAAAAUAUGUCUUCUGUACAAAUGCAGCUUUUUAUGUCUCAGUAUUGAGAGAAGACAAAAUAUAAUAUAGACAUUGCUCUUCAUUGGAUGUGCUAGCAACUAUGGUAUACGAAGCUUUCUGUAAAAAAAAUCUAGCCGCUUCUAACAUUAUCAGUAAGACUUCACUCUUGAGUGUACAUGUGCAUAUAUGUAAUAUGUAUGAACAGCAUCUUCAUCUUUGAAGUAGCUAAGUGUAUCAGGUGCACAUUCUCUUCAGAUGGGUUAAACUCCACUGGGCUAGUGCAUGUAUUAGGCUUAUAGCUCCUGACGGUUAUUCCAGCCUGUUAUACAACCGGUAGUAAGCUUAGAGAACUGUACAUGUAUGGUACAAUUAUAGCCGUUUGCUACCACUUUAAUUGUCAUGAUUCUGUGCUGUGGAAUCUUAGGAUGCAUAGCUUGUUGAGGUCCUUCAAAUCCUCUGCUGUUGUUCAGAGGAGUGCCUGACAAUUCCCUAGGACAGAAUUUCGAGUUGCUCACCAGACUACAAAUCCCAGUAUUCCACAGCAUGGAACCAUGCCAGCAAACAGCUGUAACUAUGUAGUGUAAGAUGCAAGCAAAACCUUGAUACAUUCUGUGUAUCUAAGAAGGGUUUUUAAGUAUAAAUAUCAUUUUCUUGCUAUGUUGAUAUAUGAAUUCUCCGUACACCAAAACCUGUCUCUAAGACAAAUUUACCACUCUCUGAUUUGUUGAUCAUCUGUAGUAGUAGUUCCCAACCUUGGGUCCCCAGAUGUUCUUGGGCUACAGCUACCAAAAAUCCUGGCCAGCGCAAAUAAUGCUGGCCAGCAGAAUGAUCUAAAAGCAGAAGGCUUUGGGGAGUUUUAAUCCCAGAACAUCUGGGAAUCCAAGGUUGAGAACUACUGGUCUGUGAGAUAUUUUGGGUAAUUCAAGAUGGGAUUGUUUAUGUGAUAUUUAACAAGCUUUCCAAUGGAAAGUGGAUCAUCAUAGGUAAAAUACUCUGUUCCAUGGUACUUAGUUUAUAAGACUCCUGAUAACUGGAUGUACUUCUAGAUGAACACUUAUUCCUUAUGACCAAAAUGCUCUGAUCCCAAAGGGUUUAAGAAGGCUCUUCUACACAAAUAUGAUGGUAUCUACAACAAGAAACACCAGUGGUUCAGAAUGAUUUAGUUAACAGAUGUCUAGAUGUUCCUAAAUGGUUAAAAUGUUUACUAACUCCAUAUACUGAUCAGUAUCAUAUAGCUGUGAAAAAUAUACCUUGAAUAUAGCAGUGUUUCUUCGCAUACUAUGUAAAUAUUGCCUUCAGUUCUUCGGUAUGAAUCAGCUUGCAGCGUGAAACAAAAUUUCAGAAUGCUGUAUUUAUGGGAGCAUAAUGGGAUAGCCAGCAGAGUAAAUAAUCUGGAAGUGGAAACAGAUGGCAGUUUAUUGCUGGACUUCAUUAUUCAUUUUCCAUGGUAAGGGACUAAGCCAAUGAUAGACUUAAAAAUAAGCAGUAGUGAUAAAACAUGUUCUGUGUGGCAUCAUAAACCUCUUAUUGUCACUUCUGUCAGUAUAGUACAUUCAUUUACAAAGUCUUUGUAUUACUUUUUACUCUGCCAAGCUUUGUAAACCCUGUGUGGUUCCUGCAAAUCUACAUCUGGUUCGUUGAAAGAUAAUUUUGAAACAUGUUUAAGCAAGAUUAGAAUGGUGCUCAAAUUUACUACUUUGAAACAUUGAAAUGAGAUUAGAAUGGUGCUCAAAUUUACUUUGUCUUCUACAGUGAUUAAGUAAACUGAAAUGCAGAAGAUGUAGUCUUUAGAUAAAGUACUAGCAAUGCUAUAAUAUACUUCAGGGGGGUGGGUUGUCUCAGUGGGUCCAAGAGUAAUUUUUUCGGAUUUGCAUCCCAAGGAUUGCAGUACCAAGGAGUGGGGCUCAAGAGGUUGUGGGGCCAAAGAGGCCAUUUUGCAUUUUUAUUUUUUUAAUGCAAUGGUUAUAUACAGGAAAAGUUGCUACAAUAGGUUUUUAUUAAUUAAAAAAAGAGAUUUAACUAAAAGGGUUUUUUGGGGGUGGCAUGGGAGGCUCUUCAGGGUGCGGAUGACCCCUCAAAAUGUGACCAAAUUACUCCUCCACACCCCUGGAGGGUACAUUGGAGCUUUUUGAAGAAGGUUUUUUUUUAAAAGUUUAACAUUUUGGGGUGAAGCUGGAGGUCACAAAAUGGCCCUGCAGGGCUACAUUUAUAUGCUUAACUUAUUGCAAAAACCCACAAAAAAACCCCCCAAACUCAUAGGUUGAGUUAAUAGAAAAUUGUUACAUAUCAUUCUUACAGCAAUACUUACUUGAGGUCUAAAUGGUAGCUAAGAAGUCUUAUGAGUGCUUCAGUUUUACACUAAGUGCACUUUUGUGCCAGGGAAAUAACAUGGUCUUUCUUCUUGACUGGAAUCUGGAACUGUCCAAACACAAUGCCUUAGCAGAGUGACCAAAGUUAUUUUUCAGGUGCACGAAAGAUAUGAGCAUGGGAAAUUUCUCUCUCCAUGCUUCCGGGGGCGGGGGGGGAUGAAAUACAGCAUGUAGUCUUCAUUGAUAAAAUGGUAAAAUACUGUGCAUACAUUACAUAUAUAAAUAUAAUGCUCAGAAUGUUUAUGUGGGUAAAACUUGUCACAAAGAUACAAAUAAUUAUGAAAAGCAGCAUGGAGAAAAUAUAUGUACCUGAAUUCUCACAGCAAUACUGAAACUGCUUGCUAGGUAUUCCUAGAGAAGAAAAGAGAGGAUGGUUGCAGUCCUAAGCUUGCAUACUUGAGAAAGUUGGUACAACUGAACUGAGUGAAGCUUUGUUUCAAAUAAACGAGGUCAGAAUUAAUCUGCUGUGGUCUGUUGACUGAAAUCCUGUCAGCGUAACUGCAAAUGUGGAAGGAUGAUCACAUCACUAGCAGGAGAGUUCUGGUAAUUAAGUCUCACUUCUCUCCUGUGGCUUUUCCAACUUGCAAACAAUUUCUUUAAUCAUGUGGAAGCUGUGGGAGGUGCAGGACAGAAGGAGGAAGUCUUUCAUUACCAAAAAUUGCUACUCCUGGAUUAUAUUAUUGGCAGAGGGAGAUUGCACAUCAUUAUAAAGCAAAGUGUGCUGCUUAUGUACGACCCCAUAGUUCUUAAAGCACCCUCUGUGUGGUUUAUAACAUAAUUAUGCUGGCUACACAUUACCUCCUAGUGAGCUAGAUACUGUACACAUUUUACUAAUCUUGAAAGGAUGGAUAGCUGAGUCAACUUUGAGCCAACUACUUGAGUCCAUCAGAAUUGAACUUGGGUCGUGAGCAAAGUCUUGAUUGGAGCACCUCAGUUUAACCAGUGAGCAAUGAAGCUUCUAGUUAAAGACUUAUUUCAUCCCACAAUUUCCAUGGCAUCUAUGCAAUGAAAUGGACUAUUUAUAAGUUGGAUAGGCUGCUGAAGAGAGGAAGUCUUUAAUUACCAAAAAAAUCUCCCCUUGCUAGUGAUGUCAUUACCAUUCCAUAGGGGUAGCUAUGCCAAAAGGGUUUUGGCCAGUAUUACUUAAUGCUGUAUGUUUUUCACUGCCACCCACCAUGCUCCAUUCAUAUGGAUGCUGGAACUCUCAGUAUUAAAUUUGGAACUUUAGUGCGAUUCUUUGCAACGAGAAAACUCAGUCCAUCAAGUCAUCAGUUCAGGUGUUAGUCUCUUGUGAAAAAGUUUGCUGUCAGGAUGCAGCUGUGAGGAUUUCAUGUACUUGUAGUAGUUUAAAGCAAAGCUGGCACAGAGCAUCCCAAAGGAAAUGAUAAACACAAAAAAGUGAAAUGAUCAUAAAAUGAUGAACAUAAUAGACACCCUAUAUAAAACACACUGAUCCACAGAGUUGAUUCAGAGGGUAUUGUGCAUGGGUCUUCAAUGUCUAAAGGUGCCAAGUUUUCAAAUAGAUGAAAAGAAUUCAUUCAGCUAUUGAUUAUGUAUGGGUUAGUAUUGGGCAAACAAACUGGUCUGUUCAAACUGAAAUGUGUAUCUGAAACUAACUAUGCUGGAAAAAAAAUGCAAUAGUUCUGUUUAUUUGGAACAAGUUACUUUAGCUUGUGACAUGGAUUUUAUGCAACAAAGUUUAUACUAAAAUGCAAUUGUCUAUUUCCAUAUCAACUAUAAAAUUAAUUUAUUACCA